GGUGCAAUGGAUGAGCUUCAUAGUCUGGAUCCAAGAAGGCAAGAAUUAUUGGAAGCUAGAUUUACAGGAGUUGCAACUGGGAGCACCGGGAGCACUGGGAGUUGCAGUGUUGGAGCUAAAGCUUCAACAAAUAAUGAAAGCUCUAAUCACAGUUUUGGAAGCUUGGGAUCUUUAAGUGAUAAAGAAUCAGAGACACCAGAGAAGAAACAAUCUGAAUCAUCCAGAGGAAGAAAGAGAAAAGCAGAAAAUCAGAAUGAAAGUAGUCAGGGGAAAAGUAUUGGGGGACGUGGCCACAAAAUUAGCGACUAUUUUGAAUACCAAGGUGGGAAUGGCUCAAGUCCAGUAAGAGGCAUACCUCCUGCAAUCCGUUCUCCUCAGAAUUCACACUCACAUUCCACUCCUUCCUCAUCUGUUCGACCUAGUAGCCCUUCUCCUAUUGCAGUAGCUUUUGGGGACCACUCUAUUGUACAACCAAAGCAGUUAUCCUUUAAAAUUACUCAGACUGAUCUCACAAUGCUGAAAUUAGCAGCAUUAGAAAGUAAUAAAAACCAGGACCUGGAAAAGAAGGAAGGUCGUAUAGAUGACUUGCUCAGGGCUAACUGUGAUCUCAGACGGCAAAUAGAUGAACAACAAAAAUUACUUGAAAAAUACAAAGAACGAUUAAAUAAGUGCAUAUCAAUGAGCAAGAAAUUGCUUAUUGAAAAGAGUAACCAAGAAAAACUGUCAAGCCGGGAGAAGAGUAUGCAAGACAGAUUACGCCUUGGACACUUCACAACAGUUAGACAUGGUGCUUCAUUUACUGAACAAUGGACAGAUGGUUUUGCAUUUCAGAAUCUUGUGAAGCAACAAGAAUGGGUAAAUCAGCAAAGGGAAGAUAUUGAAAGGCAAAGGAAACUUCUAGCCAAACGCAAACCUCCCACAGCUAAUAAUUCUCAGGCACCCUCUACCAACUCUGAACCAAAACAGAGGAAAAAUAAAGCAGUCAAUGGCGCAGAAAAUGAUCCCUUUGUUAGACCAAAUUUACCGCAACUGUUGACUUUGGCAGAAUAUCAUGAACAGGAAGAAAUUUUCAAACUUAGACUAGGACAUCUCAAAAAGGAAGAGGCAGAAAUUCAGGCAGAACUUGAACGUUUGGAAAGAGUAAGAAAUCUGCACAUUCGAGAGCUCAAAAGGAUAAAUAAUGAAGAUAAUUCACAGUUCAAAGAUCACCCAACGUUAAAUGAAAGAUAUUUAUUACUUCAUCUGCUUGGUAGAGGUGGCUUUAGUGAAGUGUAUAAGGCUUUUGACCUUUAUGAACAAAGAUACGCUGCUGUGAAGAUCCAUCAGCUUAAUAAAAGCUGGAGGGAUGAGAAAAAGGAAAAUUACUAUAAACAUGCCUGCAGAGAGUAUAGAAUACACAAAGAACUGGAUCAUCCCAGAAUAGUUAAACUCUAUGAUUAUUUCUCCUUGGAUACAGAUACGUUUUGUACAGUGUUAGAAUACUGUGAAGGCAAUGACUUGGAUUUCUAUCUGAAGCAACAUAAAUUAAUGUCGGAGAAAGAAGCUAGGUCUAUUGUAAUGCAAAUUGUAAAUGCACUAAGAUAUCUCAAUGAAAUCAAACCCCCUAUUAUACAUUAUGAUCUUAAGCCAGGAAACAUCCUUCUGGUGGAUGGAACAGCUUGUGGAGAAAUCAAAAUCACUGAUUUUGGUCUUUCCAAGAUCAUGGAUGACGAUAGCUAUGGUGUAGAUGGAAUGGACCUAACUUCCCAAGGGGCAGGCACUUACUGGUAUUUACCUCCUGAGUGUUUUGUAGUUGGAAAGGAACCACCAAAAAUUUCCAACAAGGUUGAUGUGUGGUCAGUUGGAGUCAUUUUCUUUCAGUGUCUUUAUGGCAGAAAGCCAUUUGGUCACAAUCAAUCUCAACAAGACAUUCUUCAAGAAAAUACAAUAUUAAAAGCCACAGAAGUUCAGUUCCCUGUAAAACCAGUUGUAAGCACUGAAGCCAAGGCCUUUAUACGACGCUGUUUGGCAUACCGAAAAGAAGAUCGAUUUGAUGUGCACCAACUGGCAAAUGACCCGUACCUUCUCCCACACAUGAGAAGAUCAAACUCUUCAGGAAACUUACACAUGGCUGGGCUGACAGCAUCCCCCACACCCCCUGCUUCAAGCAUAAUGACUUACUGACUUUCCUCCAAAAUUGGCAUGAUACCUUUGAAUUGCUUCCAGGUGCACACUUGAGUUUAAGAGCAUUUGAGUGUUUUUUUGUUACUUUCUUUUUUACACAGGACACGAUGGAGAACUGUUCGCAAGCUGAAGUUCUUUGUGGCGUCGUUUGUAUGAGAAAGGAUCAUGGACAAUGAAUAAAUGUACACUUCUGACUGUAAAUAACCUUGGGACGUGAAGGGUGACUGCCUGUUGCACAGAAACGGGAAUACCAUGUUCAGACAGAAGAAAAAUGAUUUGUUUGGGGAAACACUGUAAAUAGCGUUUAUAAUACUUAAAUACAUUUGGUUGUUACUAAAGAGUUCUAAUAUGAAGGGUAGUUUUUCAUUAUUUAAAAACAUUUGGAAAAAAUGAGAAGUAUUUCUAACACAAGAACUAUAGUGCCUGGAUACAUUCUUCAGCAUUUGGCAGUUAAUCUGCCGAAACCAAAGUAAGAACUGAAUGACAGUGACAGUUGUGUUUUAUAGAUAGAAUGUGAGAGUUAGAAUCUUUGGACAAGGUUAGACUUUGUCAUUUGCCUGUUCUGGCUUUUACCACAUUGUACCUCGAAAUCACAUGUCCUUUUUUUUUUUUCCCACUGGUUAUGUUAAAGGGAGAGCUAUUAUUCCUAGAUACUUUACACCUUUGACAAAAUGAGCUGCUCAUUUUAAAAUCAGUUGAAUUCACUAAAUUGUAAUAUUUCCAGUGUUUUCAACAUGUUAGAAGUAACAUAUUUUUGUGUUGAUACCAGGCCUUGUUCAUUAAAACAAAUGACAGUAUAUAACCAAAUGCAGACCAGUUCUAUGCAGGAUAAUGAUAAAUUCCCUUCUAGCUCUAUUGUAAAUUGUUGUACAUAUGUCAUAUUUCAAUUACCAAGUUUCAGCAGCUUAUUCUUGUACAAAUGUUUAAAAAUACGGCUUUUCUAAUUGGAUAUUGUAUUUUUUUUAAGUCUUGAAGGCGCUUUAAUUGCUGCUAAAUGAUGUUGCUUCUUUGCUAAAAAAAAAAAAAAAAAAUCGAAUGACCUCCUUAAAAAGGUGCAAAUUGACUGUACAUCAUAGAGGCAUAUUAAAAGCAGGCAUUCAUUAACAAUCAAGGCAUGUAAAAUGAUCCAUGUUGGACAUACAGAGUUCUCUAAAUCAGUUUCUUGGGUUCUAGGGCUGUGGAGCACAUAGAUACUAGAUUUAUACAUUGUUCAUGGUUAUUCUACAUUUCUAGAAGGUUCUUUUCAGCAAGGUGGGAUGAUGGUCCCAUAAACAAGUUUCUUGUGGUUUAUACAGAUUUGUUAAAAUGUGAACAUUUUCUAACUGCCUGGUAUGGUAGAAGCCAUUUUUCAGGAUGUUGUAUUUUACUCCUGUAAAAAUUAUUCCUUGUUAUAUUCAUAAUGCUGAUACAUGUAAGUUGUCCAUGUUGCUGAAAAAGGAGGCUCUACUUACUUUACCACAGAUUCUCCUUAAUAUUGUACAGUUAGACUGUGGCUGUUAUUUCUGAUGUUGCAAGCCAUUUUGUUUUUCCAUUGUACAUACACACAUUGUCUCUUUAAAAUGCUGCUGAAAUUGUAGAGAAUGUAGCCAAACUGGUAAUAAACAAUGACAGUUAAAAUGUAAAGACUAUGAAAAUUGCAUUUAAGGGAGCUUUCAAGAUUUAGAAUAUUGGCUCUGACUUGGCUCCUUAAGAAUCAGCUGAAUAAAUUCUUUAAGUAUACUUCAAGACAAGUAUAAAGUGUUUCAAGCUGUUAAAGUGAACCUAAUAACCAUUAUCAAGGUUAAUUCUGGGUGGGUAACAGCACUAUCAGGAGUGGCUAGGGGCUGUACCUGCUCCUCUGUAGAUUAAGAUAGAAAUCCUAUAAGAAAUAUUGACAUGGUAAUGAAAUGUUAACAUUGACUGAGUGCCUUAGGUGCUGCCCACAAAUUUUUUCUAUUUUGUUAUUUUCAUCAUUCUGAAUCAUAAAGUACUAUGUUCAUAUAGUAACUUAUUUGAAGUUCUGAAUUGAAGGAAAAUGCCCAUUUUUGUUUAAAAUUUUGGUGAGAUAUUAAGUGGAUGUAUAAAUCUAACAUGAGGUCGAUUUGAAUAAGUAGUGUAGCCCAAGAUCACUGCUUUACCAUCAUUUCCAAAUGAAUGAAAGUGGCUGAUGGUCUCAAAAUGCAGAAAAGGAGGGAAAUGAGUCAACUUAUAGACUGUCCCUUCCUCCAAAAGUUUACCCAAACAAAUGCUGUAGAUUUCAGAUAAUAUGCCAGUAACCCAAUACAUACAAGAUGGCUAAUUGAGCCAAACUGAAUACUGUUAUCUUCACAAAGGAAAUUGGUAUCUAUCACUAAGUGAUUUCCAUCACUCUGGCAAUCUUCAGCUCUAAUAUUUUCUGAAGCUUAAACUGUUCUGGUUUCCUGAAUUCACUCCUCAGAAUUAAAGCGUGACUUAUAUUCCUAAGACAACAGCUAGGGCCUCUCCCUUAGCUAUCUUAUAAGCCUAUUUCCUGUAAGAGUCAGCACUGUUGCAAGGUAAAAUGCAGUUUUUGCAGAUAAUUUUAAAAUCUUUUUCUGAUAUGAAGUAGUUUCAGUGUGUACACAUUGCAAGGAAAUAAGUGCAGAAACUACCCUAAUAACUCAUUAAAUCAAGAAUUGGGUAGAUACUGGGUUGUCUUU